AUGGCUUCCCAGGCUAGGAAAUGGCCCUCGAGAGAAGGCUUCACGGCAGACGUACUGGGCCACUGGGUUCAACGCAUCGCACUCGACCCCUGGAAGAUAGUGCCUCUGCUUGCACUGGCACACUACACCACCAAAGGGCGCGAACUGACCGACUCACGCCCUCACCUCCUGAAGGCACUUAGAGCCUUCGCAUCAUUGGCGGUCCUAAACCGACUCUCCAGCUGGCUCGAGCGCCGCGCAAUCAACAACGGCGUCGCAGACCACUAUGACUGGAACAAAGAAGUCGUCGUCCUAACAGGCGGCAGCAACGGAAUCGGCCGCCGCAUCGCCCAGCUCCUAGGCGACCGCGACAUCAAAGUCGCCAUCCUCGACAUCUCCCCGCCAACAGACGACCUCCCCAACACAGUCCGCUUCUACCAAUGCGACAUCACCUCACCCGAGAAAAUCAGCGAGGCAGCCGCGAAGAUCCGCGCCUCCUUCGGCCGUCCGACAAUCCUCAUCAACAAUGCCGGCCUGCUCAUGGCCCGCACCAUCCUCGAUUCACCCGCCGACCAGACUAGACGCAUGUUCGAAGUGAAUACCUUCUCGCAUUACUACCUGGCGCAGGAGUUCUUGCCUGAUAUCAUCGCUGGGAACCAUGGGAUGGUCGUGACGGUCGCGUCGCAGGCUGGGUAUGUUGUUGCGCCUAGUUUGGUCGAUUACUCUGCUACCAAGGCGGCUGCUCUUGCUUUUCAUGAGGGGUUGGCGGCGGAGUUGGUUACGCGGUACCAGGCUCCUCGUGUGCGUACGGUGCUUGUUACGCAGAGCUUCACGCGUACGACGCUGAUUAAUGUGUUGACUCCUGAGGAUACCUUUUUCAAUCCGCUCCUUCAUGCCGACACUGUCGCUGAGGGGUUGGUUAAGCAGGUUUUGACGGGUGAGAGUGGUCAUGUAAACUUGCCUGGCUCGACUGGACAUAUUGGCGCGCGGCUUCGGGGUUAUCCGCUUUGGUUCCAGCAUUUGGUGCGGUGCAGGACUGAGCGGUUGACGCGAGGUGUUUGA